AUGGGUCCAGAAGUGAAAAUGACAGAGGUGAGAAUGACAGAACCACAAGAACGCAAAGCUUUUAUUCAAGGAGAAAAGGAUGAAGUGGAUUUAAGCAUCGAUAAAAGCAGUCAACGACAAUCUUCUCUUGAAUUGGAUUACGCUCGGGUGCUAAACCCCGCUGAAAGACCCGUACAGCAAAAUAUGGCAUCAGCAAAAGUGGCCAAUCCUGCUCCUCUUGGUUUACUCGGAUUUGGUUUGACAACAAUUCUCUUAAAUAUACACAAUACAGGGUUAUUUCCCUUGGAAACCGCUGUGGUUGGAAUGGGAAUUUGUUUCGGAGGAAUUGCACAGUUUAUCGCUGGUCUCCUUGAGUUUUACCGUGGAAACACUUUUGCAUACGUUGCGUUUACUUCUUAUGGUUCCUUUUGGGUUUCACUGGUGUGUUUAUGGAUGUUGAAAAACAAUGUUACCAAUCCAGGUGUUGCGGUGAGACCAACGGACUCUACCUACCUUGCGUCUUAUUUACUCUUGUGGGGUAUUUUCACAUUGACCAUGUUUUUCGGUACUCUGCGUUCCAAUCUUGUGCUUAUGUUUGUCUUUGGCUCUCUUGUGAUUCUCUUCGCGCUGCUCUCCGCCGGCAACUUUGCAAAGUCGCCCACAACGCUGAAGGUGGCCGGCUACGAAGGCAUCGUCUGCGGAAUCUCGGCCUUUUACUUGGCGAUUGCAGAAGUUGUGAAUGAAGUGUAUGAGUCUAACAUUCUGCCUAUUGGCAAAGUGGAUCUGGUGCACUUGUGUAGGCAGCGGCGAGCAGCAAAGUCCAAACGCGCAAGGCAUUCCGUGUAA